CAAACAAGAAAAGAAAAAAACCCUAGCGCUUGCUCUCUCUUUCAUUCUCAAAUCCAGAUAAUCGGAGAAUGGCGGCGGCGAGCGAGCAAACCGUCCUUCAGUUCAAUUCAACGCCGUUAUCGGCAAAAGUACAUCCGUUAGUUAUCUUCAACAUAUGUGAUUGCUACGUCAGACGCCCUGACCAAGCUGACCGCGUCAUUGGUACGCUUCUCGGCUCCGUUUUACCUGACGGUUCCGUUGAUGUUCGUAACUCUUACGCCGUCCCUCACAAUGAAUCAUCCGAUCAGGUUGCAUUGGAUAUCGAUUAUCAUCACAAUAUGUUGUUAUCACACCAAAAAGUUAACCCUAAGGAAGUUAUUGUUGGAUGGUAUUCGACUGGUUUAGGAGUUAAUGGUGGAAGUGCGUUGAUUCAUGAAUUCUAUUCUAGGGAAACUCCUAACCCUGUUCACCUCACAGUAGAUACAGGGUUCAGUAAUGGAGGGGGUACGAUUAAAGCUUAUGUUUCUGCUAUCUUAGCCCUUGGUGACCGCCAACUUGCUGCGCAAUUUCAAGAAAUUCCUCUUGAUCUUCGUAUGCUUGAAGCUGAGCGGGUUGGAUAUGAGAUCCUAAAGACAACAUCAAUUGAUAAAAUCCCAAGCGAUUUGGAAGGAAUGGAAGUCUCAAUGCAGAGGUUGCUAGCUUUAAUUGACGAUGUUUACAAAUACGUGGAUGAUGUUGUGGAAGGGCACGUUGCACCAGAUAAUACCAUUGGGCGGUUUAUUUUAGAUACUGUUGCCUCCCUUCCCACGCUUUCACCAUCAGCUUUUGAUAAGCUUGUAAAUGACGGUCUUCAGGACCACUUGCUCUUGCUAUAUUUGUCAAGUAUCACAAGGACACAGCUCAGCCUAGCCGAGAAGUUGAACACGGCUGCACAGGUCCUUUAAUUUUCAUAGGCUAUUUUAGUUUCGGGUCUCAUCAAUUUUAGUUUUGAUUGUUAGUAAUCUAUUUCGAAGUCUUACAAAUUGGCUAUUUAUUGUCUGAGGGGGUUGUAAUGAUUUUGAGCAAGGUAGAUUGUGGGCAGUUUUAUUUAUUGCUUUUUGUAAUGGUUCAGUUACUAUCUAGAAAUGUACACCGGAAUUUUGAGAUAAAAUCGUACAUUUGUGAGGUCUUGUUCCA